ACUACAUAUACGAAAAGGCGGAGUCUGCAAAAAGCGUGGGGUUGGGGGUCGAUGCAGCCUGAUUCUCGGCAAUGCCACUCUCCGACGACGCUCAAGAUACCGAGAAAUUCAAACUGUAGGCUUAAACCACCCUCUCUAUUUCCCCCUUUGGCUUCGCACCAUCCCUUCGAUCCAUCAUCCACAAAACCCUAUUUCCAUUUCCCCCAAACAAUUCAAAAUAUCAAAUGAAAUUCCAAAUCCCAGAUGUUUCAAUAUCUCAAUUUUCAAAUCCAAGCUCAGCGAUCAGCUUCACCCUACAAAUUGGUUGAUCGGUUCACUACAGGCCCCAUUUUGUGAAUUCUACACCAGAUUGUUUUUCUCUGUGUAUAUGUUGUUAAGAGAUUUGUGUAUCAAAGGGAGUGUUGAUUGCUCAUUCUUUCUUCUCCAUACUUGCUAUACUUUUCUUGUGAUAAAUAAUACGUAUAUAAGGUGAAUUUAGGAAUAGAGGGACAAGGACUGCAUUAACCAAUAUUUUGAUUUUUGGUAACAAGGAGCUGUUAUUUACUGGAAUUUUUGCAUCUAUAUUUGAUGAGUGCCAAUUGUUGGUGUGAUAUAGUUUGUGGUUUCAGCUGGUGUAAGAAGAAGCUGGUAUUAAGUACCAUUUUCAAGUGGACACUCACUUGAGAAGCGAAUAAUAUAAAGCUACAUAAUCUACCUCUGCUUGUAGGGAAGUGCAUAGUUCUUGGGGUUUUUUACUGUUGAUGUUUAGCUUGCAAAGUUGGGAGAGCGUGCAGGGUUAAGGUGUUGAGAUAUCAUUCCAAUGCAGAUAAAUAGGUCUAAUGAUUUAGCUGUAGCCAUGAGUGGUGGGGCAACUCCCCCUUCUGGUCAAUGGAUCCAACAAGAAUCUUUGCAACCUGUUAGCCUGAGUGAUGCUUUAUAUCUUAACAAUAAUGUAAAUAAUAAUAAUAAUAUAUGUGCACAGAUGGGCAAGGUGUUUCCUACAGAAUUCCUUCAGGAUUUUUCCUCUUCAAGUGUAGUUCCUCCUGCUGUGAUUGGGGUUUCUCAGAAACUUGAUAAGAGUGUUAAACCUCAUAGUAACCAGAACAAGCAUGUGGGUACAUGCUCUGAGGAGCUCGGAAGAGUUCUUGGGCUCACACAAAUGGACUCCGAUUGUGGUUCUGGCACAUCUGGAUAUCUUUCUGCAAGAGGAUCUAUGACUGAGCUUGAUAAUGCACUUUGUAUGAAGAAUCAGCAUGGGUAUCAGAAAAGUGAUGGUUCUUGUGAGCAUGGGCCUUGGAAAGCUAUGUCAGAACCAAGUGCUCCAACCUUGAAAGAAUCUGAAUGCUUCCAGUCAUUGCAAUGUAUGGGAUUAGGAUCUUCUGACUCUUCUCAAACAGGAAAAGUUAAGUUUCUCUGCAGUUUUGGUGGUAAAAUAUUACCCAGGCCAAGUGAUGGGAAACUUAGAUAUGCUGGUGGAGAGACACGUAUCAUUUCCAUGAGAAAGAAUCUUUCACUUGAAGAACUUAUGAAGAAAACUUUUGCAAUAUGUAAACAGCCUCACACAAUAAAGUACCAGCUUCCAGGGGAAGAUCUUGAUGCCCUUAUAUCAGUGUCUUCAGAUGAGGAUCUUUUGAAUAUGAUAGAGGAAUAUCACGGCCUUGAGAGGCUUGAUGGUUCUCAAAGACUCCGUGUGUUUUUGAUUCCCUUGGCUGAAUCUGAAAACUCAUGUACCAUAGAUGCCAGCACUAUCCAACAGAGUGACCCUGACUAUCAGUAUGUUGUUGCCAUCAAUGGUAUCAUUGAGGCUGAUCAUAUUCCACAGAAAAACUGUAAUGAGAAGCAUUUAGGUGAAGCAAGCCAUUUGGUUCCUAAUAUUAAUCAUUUGAGCAUUCAGAAUGAAUCUUCUCCUGUCAUGCAGCCUGGAAAACUAAAUGAUGGCCUUGAGCCAAAUACUGCACGGUUGAUGAGUGAAGCUCCAAGUAAAGUUAUGUUCCCUAAUCAAUCUACACCCUUUGUUCCUAUGCUUGUUCAACAGGGGCAUGAAAAGAGUGAAACUAUAAAGUCUCACAAUGGUAAAUUGUCGCAUGGUACUGUUGAAGGUUUGACAUUAUUUGACAGCAAUCAAGUACUAUCUGAAAACUCUGACAAUGGUAGUGCUGCUUGUAUUCCUGGUCCCCAAGUAGCAGUAAAUUUUAUGGCUUCGCAGAAUACUUCUGGAAAAGUUGGUACUCUCCUGCCAAGUGAACAGAGUGAAUAUCUUAUGCUCCAUCACAAUCCCAGCAGGGAGUUUGUUGCUUCCUCUUUUGAACAUUAUAAUUGCAAUUUUGAAAGAUCAGGUCCCAGGGAGAGGGUGUUUUCUUCUGCAAAACUUGAUGUGCCAGUGCAUAUACUGGGAUCCAAUGAUUCUAUUGGUUCUUAUAAUGGGCUCGUGCAUUGCUUUUCUGAUUCCAAGCUUCAGGAACAUGGGAAUAGAUCUGCUUACAGCUCUCAAGAAUUAAUAAUUCCUCCUUUAAACUCAUCAAGCGCUCAAUUACCUUCACAAGUAGUAUCUGCUGCUCUGCUAGAAAAGCCUGUUUUACUGCCAGAAAAUGCUGACUUUGCAAAUUCUCAGCUUCAUUUCAGGGUGCAGAGUGCGGAGUCCACUGUCUCCAAUGGUGCAGUGGAUUUACUAAAGUAUCCUUUUGUCUCAGAGCCAUUUGCCAAAGGUGAAUUUGUCCAAAGACAUGUCAACGAUGCUGAUCUCAGGUGCAUCUCAGAAAAAGAAGAUUUGAUGUGUCCUUCAGUGUUGGACAUUCAUGGGGAGGAAAAUCAUUCAAACUCUGUAAUGAUAAAUGGGCCUGAUGUCAAUGGCCUUAAUGGAAAAGUUUCUCAGAGUACAUCAUUUGCAAUCCCUGUUGAUCCUACUAAAAACUUUUUGAAGGUCAGUUCUGAUCUAGUGACUAGUAUUGGAGGUGAGAAACCAGCAUAUGAGAUGCUGAUCCCCAAGUCCAAUUUUCCUGAAUCUACAUCGAUAGAUUUGGACCCUUUAAUUUGUAGAAUGAACAAGCAACCCCAAAAUAAUCAAUUGGAGGAACUCUUAACUGAAAUGGAGAAGGAUAAACCUGAUACAAAAACAGUCAACUUCGGAAUUGCAAGGACAACUCAAAGUUCUAGCAUGCACCCUUCUGGUGCACAUGGCCUAAUUGAUCUACUUUCUGAGUUGCCUAAUGGUCCAGUUGCUCAUGAUUGCCCAAUGCAACCACCUGUUGCAUGCACAAAUGACAAGGAUUUUGGAGAGUCAUUGCUUAUAAGUUGUGGGGACCUGCAUCCACCUUCAAUCAUUGAUGAUAGAAACCUGAGUAUGACCUUACAUAGCUCUGCUUUGUUGAAGAAUCAUGUGGAUGCAAUUGCUAAUGGGAGAGAAGUUUCACUCCUAGAUGAUGAAUAUGCCAAUUUCACUGGUUAUGCUGAAAAGUCUACCCCCCUUAACAAGUGUCCUAAUGAAAAGGAUAAGAUAUUGGAUGGUUUGCUGGAUACAUGCUUCAAUGGAUGUCUGAAUUCCUUGGCCAAUGACAAAGAUUAUGUAUCACCAAUUGGUGAAUAUUCUCCUGCAAUUGUCCAUAGUGUAAGCACAGUAGGUGAUCAAGUCUUGUCACCUGGUGCAAUAGAUGGGGAUGCAUUUGCUCAUGACAUGGGAUUUGGGGAUGUCAUCCAGAAUGAUGGAGAUGGAGAUAAGGGCGACUUGAUUACAGAUGCAAUGAUUGCUGAAUUUGAAGCAGAUUUAUAUGGCUUGCAGAUUAUAAAAAAUGAUGACCUUGAAGAAUUGCGCGAGUUAGGAGCUGGUACAUAUGGAACUGUUUACCAUGGAAAAUGGAGAGGAACAGAUGUUGCUAUCAAGCGACUUAAGAAAGCAUGUUUUUCUGGGAGAUCAUCUGAGGAAAAACGUUUGAUUAAAGACUUCUGGAGAGAAGCUCAGAUCCUUUCAAAUCUUCAUCAUCCAAAUGUGGUUGCAUUUUAUGGAGUAGUACCAGAUGGGGCUGGGGGAACAUUAGCAACUGUGACUGAGUUCAUGGCAAAUGGGUCACUCAGGAGUGUCCUGCAUAAAAAGGAUAGAUCACUUGAUUGCCGUAAGAAACUUCUAAUUGCCAUGGAUGCAGCUUUUGGUAUGGAGUAUUUGCACUUGAAAAACAUAGUCCAUUUUGAUCUGAAAUGUGACAACUUAUUAGUAAACCUAAGGGAUCCGCAACGACCCAUAUGCAAGGUUGGUGACUUUGGACUAUCCAGAAUUAAGCGCAACACUCUAGUAUCUGGUGGUGUGCGAGGAACUCUUCCUUGGAUGGCACCAGAACUUUUAAAUGGUAACACUAACAUGGUGUCUGAAAAGGUAGAUGUCUUCUCUUUUGGCAUAACAAUGUGGGAAAUCUUGACUGGGGAAGAACCAUAUGCAAAUAUGCAUUGUGGGGCAAUCAUUGGUGGAAUUCUAAAGAACACCCUUCGACCUCCCAUUCCAGAAAGGUGUGAUCCUGAGUGGAGGAAGCUAAUGGAACAGUGUUGGCAUGCUGACCCUGAAUCACGACCAUCCUUCACUGUGAUCACAGAUAGGCUAAGGUCUAUGUCUGCAGCUCUCGAGGCUAUGAUAAAUGGCAAUUUAGUAAAACAAAUGAAGCCUGACAUUGCUGUGUGAUUCAAAUGAAUGCAUGUAUCUGCUAACAUCGGGUAAAAUGGUAGUGGCUGGAAUGCACUUCAAAAGCUGCUAUGAUAGGUGGAAGGGAAGUUUGCAGAAGUAAAGUAUUUAUUUACUCUUUCUGUAAAUAGUGUUCUCUCAGAUUUAAUUAUUAGCUUCUUUGGCUUUUUUGUUUUGGCUUCAUUUUUUCAUUCUUUAGAAAAUAGAAAAAGGAACCCCUUUCUUUCAUGGUCAUGGUGCAAGGAACAAAGAAGCCUUUUGCUUCUCUGUUUGGGUCACGAUGAGCAGUCUUGGGCAAUAGGUGGGUGGUAUAUAUGUAUGUAUGUAUAUGUGUAUAUAGACAGAUUUUCAUUUUCCAAUGGUUCUUCUGCCAAGGACACUUGGAUUAUCCUAAAAUUGUUGCUAAUAGUAAAAGUUUUUGGUGAAUGCUUUA